ACGCACAUGACGAAAACUCUGAACACAAAGUCAGUUUUCCGACAAGAAGAGGGAUUCUUAGGAAGGCCCCUACGUUUGGUGUCCCACGUCCCCCUCCCUCCCAUUCAAGGUUCAAGUGAACCCUUGGUGCCGUGGAUUUGGAUUAGCCACUAUCGAGAAAGAUGACGUCCGUGUCGUCGGAGUUGGACCAGUUGGAGCACUUGUCGCUCGUGUCCAAGAUCUGCACUGAGUUGGACAAUCACUACUCGCUGAAUGACAAGGACCUGGCCGAGUUCAUUAUCCAUCUGGCGCGCGAAAACCCCAAGAGCGUCGACUUCAAGCGCGCCUUGAGCGCCUGCGAUGCCGACUUCGCCGACUCCUUCAUGGACAACCUGCUCCGGAUCAUUAACCACAUGCAGCAAAAGGCCCACCCGCCGGAUCCGCAACGCAACCUCGAUCAGUGGUCUCAAUCCUGGCCUUGUUUGGCCUUGCCCAAUCAAACCACGCAGGACCAGCCAUCGAAAGGUGAUUCAGGCCCCCCGGCCCCGCCAGAGGAUGAAAUGAUGGCCAUGCUCGAGGCCAUGGCCCCGUCACAACGUCCACCUGAACGGGCCGAUUCGCCCACUUCCACGGGCAGGGGUGAGCGGACCCGUCGGGGCCAGGAAUCCCGCUCCAAACGCACUAAAGAGCGUCGACGAUCCCGGUCCCGCUCCAAGUCUCGCUCGCCGUCCCGGAAACGGGAUCGAGACCGAGAUCGAGAUCGACGUCGUCAUCGCCGCACCAGUCGCUCUCGCUCCCGCUCUCGCUCCCGCUCUCGCUCCCGCUCUCGCUCCCGCUCUCGCUCUCGCGAACGAUCGUCCCGAAAUCGAGACCGGAGUGACCGGAGCCAGACCCGUCGGAAAGCGCUCGAGGCUACCACGUUUCACGAGGCUCCGCAAGUGCAAAAAGUCUAUAGUGGACGGGUGCAAAAUAUCACCAAUUUUGGGUGUUUCGUCUCCUUGGAAGGCUUCCGGCAGAAAGUCGAAGGCUUGGUGCACAUAUCUCAGUUACGGCGGGAAGGCCGCGUGAACGCCGUGGAUGAGGUAGUGAGUCGGGGUCAAAGCGUGUGGGUCAAGGUGCUCACCAUUACGGGGUCCAAGAUGUCCCUCACCAUGAAGGAGGUCGAUCAGCAGUCGGGCCGUGAUCUAGAGCCGGCCCCCACGGCCGACGUGAAUGAACGCGAGGCGGACUUUGCGCUUCGCAAUCCCGAGCGGCCCUCGGGGGGACGCAUGGGCCUGGCCGAUGUGUUGGGCCGCCAUAUGCCGGACGAGGAAGCCGGCUCGAGUCACAAGAAGAAAGUGCGCAUGAGUUCGCCUGAGCGAUGGGAGAUCAAGCAACUGAUCGCGGCCAACGUCAUCGACAAAUCCGAGUUGCCCGAAUUUGACGAAGAGACCGGUCUCUUGCCCAAGGUCGAUUCGGACGAGGAGGAUGUGGAAAUCGAGAUGGUCGAAGACGAGGCGCCCUUCCUCAAAGGCCACGGGCGUAUGGUCAAUGACUUGAGUCCGGUGCGGAUCGUCAAGAACCCCGAUGGCUCGCUGGCCCAAGCUGCCAUGAUGCAGGGGGCUCUUUCCAAAGAAAGACGCGAACAGAAAAUGGCCGAGCGGCAAGCCGCCGAGAGUGAGACGCAAACGGGGUCCAAUUCUAAAGACUGGCAGGAUCCCAUGGCGGUCAAGCUCAAUCAGAACACGUCGGCCUUUAGCAUGGAGUCCGAUUAUAAGAUGGGGGGACCGGGUGGAGAUUUGCCGGAAUGGAAGAAACACAUCAUUAGUGGCGCCAAAGGCUCCUUCGGCAAGAAGACCAGUAUGACUAUCAUGGAACAACGGAAAUCGCUCCCUAUAUACAAACUAAAAGACGAACUCAUCAAGGCCAUCAACGAGAACCAAAUCCUCAUUGUAGUGGGCGAGACCGGGUCUGGGAAGACCACGCAACUUACACAGUACAUUGCCGAAGCGGGAUUUGCCGCCCGAGGCAAAAUUGGUUGCACCCAGCCGCGGCGUGUGGCUGCCAUGUCCGUGGCUAAGCGAGUCGCCGAAGAAUUUGGAUGUCUUCUCGGUCAAGAAGUGGGCUACACGAUUCGUUUCGAAGAUUGCACCACCAACGAGACCAUGAUCAAGUACAUGACGGACGGCAUGUUGCUACGAGAGGCUCUCAUCGACCCCGAAAUGAAGAACUACUCCUGUAUUAUGCUGGACGAGGCUCACGAGCGAACCAUCUCGACCGACGUACUCUUCGGUCUAUUGAAAGCGUCCGUCAAAUCUCGACCCGAACUGAAGCUCAUCGUGACAUCAGCUACUUUGGAUGCGGUCAAGUUCUCGGAGUAUUUCUUUGAGGCGCCCAUUUUUACCAUUCCUGGUCGAACAUUCCCCGUCGAGAUUCUGUACACGCGUGAACCCGAGACCGAUUAUCUGGACGCCUCACUUAUCACCAUUAUGCAAAUCCAUUUGAACGAACCGCAAGGGGACGUUUUGCUGUUUCUCACGGGUCAAGAGGAGAUCGACACUGCGUGUGAGGUUCUGUUCGAGCGGAUGAAAUCCCUUGGGCCUGAGGUGCCCGAACUGAUCAUCUUACCCGUUUAUGCUGCUUUGCCAAGCGAGAUGCAGUCCAGAAUUUUUGAUCCCGCUCCACCCGGGGCUCGGAAAGUCAUCAUCGCUACGAAUAUCGCGGAGACAUCCCUGACAAUUGAUGGGAUUUACUACGUAGUUGAUCCCGGUUUUGUCAAGCAAAAAGUAUACAACUCAAAAACGGGCAUGGACGCCCUGGUGGUUACGCCCAUUUCCCAAGCUCAAGCCAAACAACGCGCUGGUCGAGCCGGAAGAACAGGUCCUGGAAAAACCUAUCGAUUGUACACGGAGAGAGCCUAUCGCGACGAAAUGCUGGCCACUCCGGUGCCCGAAAUCCAGCGAACUAAUCUGGCGGCCACGGUAUUACAACUGAAGGCCAUGGGUAUCAACGAUUUGCUCCACUUUGACUUCAUGGACGCUCCUCCGGUAGAAGCCAUGAUCCACGCCCUCGAACUGCUCCACACGCUCAGUGCUUUGGAUGACGAGGGUCUCCUGACACGUUUAGGUCGCCGUAUGGCCGAGUUUCCUCUGGAGCCCAAUCUGUCGAAAAUGUUGAUUAUGUCGGUGACCUUACAUUGCUCGGACGAGAUCCUCACCAUUGUAUCGAUGCUCUGCGUAGAUAACGUGUUCUACCGCCCCAAAGAAAAGCAAGCAGUGGCCGAUCAGAAGAAGGCCAAGUUCAAUCAAGCUGAAGGCGACCAUCUCACUCUCUUGGCUGUGUACAACUCGUGGAAGAACAAUAAAUUCUCCAGUGCUUGGUGUUACGAGAACUUUAUCCAGAUGCGCAACCUCAAGAGGGCUCAAGACGUCAGGAAGCAGCUCCUGGGCAUUAUGGAUCGCCAUAAGCUGGAUGUGGUGUCGUGCGCCAAGAGCACCGCUCGAGUUCAAAAGGCCAUUUGUUCGGGGUUCUUCCGCAAUGCGGCCAAGAAGGAUCCGCAGGAAGGAUAUCGAACUUUAGUGGACUCGCAGAUCGUGGCCAUUCAUCCCUCAUCGGCUCUGUUUCACCGACAGCCCGAAUGGCUCAUCUAUCACGAAGUGGUUCAGACCACCAAGGAAUACAUGCGCAAUUGUACGGCCAUCGACCCAAAAUGGCUCGUCGAGUUCGCCCCGGCUUUCUUCAGGUUCUCGGAUCCCACGCGACUUUCUAAUUUCAAGAAGAAUCAACGCAUCGAACCCCUUCACAACAAGUACGAGGAAAACAAAGAUGCCUGGAGAAUUUCUCGAACCCGGAAACGACGCAAUUAGUCCUUUUAACGAGAACUAUUGGCUUUGGUUAUGCCUUGAAAUACACUCUGGUUCCAGAUAUCAAAACUGCGCCUUUCAAAUCCCCAACCCUUGUAUUAAUAGAAUGUCUCUCAUUUCCAAUGUGUUUCAGA